AUCGGCCAAACUCCCCCUCUGCCCGACCGUCGAUUCCGCCGCGUCGGGGAGGAGGGGAAAGGGAAGCGGGUGGGCAGGGGCAGGGAGAGGAGGUGGAGUCGGUUUUUUUCCGACCCUUGCGCCGACCGGGGCGUUCCGGUUCCACCCUGGACCUCGGCCUGGGGCUCCUAAAGACCUUCCCGGCUCCCCUGCCCUCCUCGCAGCCGCGGGUACCUUGCUCCCGCGCAGAUGCACCUGGAGACACCUGCAUCCCCUCCUCCUGACCUCGCUUGGGUUUUAACUCGGCCUCACUGCCAACUGAGACUCUGAGCGCUAGUUUUCCCGGCUCCCACCUCCCAGGCGGGGCCCGGCUCUUUCCCUCAGUGGUGUGGCAACAGCUGAGGUCGGUUCGGAGCCGUGGGGUGAUGAGCAAGCUGAGCUUCCACUGGGAUGGGAGUCGAGGUGGAGGCAGACGACAAUAAGACAAUUUGGGAUUUGGGAGUGAAAGAUUUGGGCCAGGAGGGAAAGAACGUGUGUCUGGGGGAGUGCGGAUGCCACCUCAGAAGGGGGUUCAGGGAGGGCAGCUCAAGUGUUCCUAGACUGAGGGGAUAGCAGGGGCACAGGCGUGAGGACAGCAGGGGCAGUGUGCUAGGAGCAAGUGAGGGGGAGCCUGGGACGAAGUGAGACUACAGCGUGGGCCCGGGAAGGAUCUGGACUUGAUUCUAAAGGCAGCAACGUUCCUGGAAGGCUGAGGAAGGUGUUAACGAGCAAGGCAGUCACCUUUCCCAGCCUGCUCUCCCGCAGUGGCCUGGGCUGUCCCAGCAUUUUCAGGUGGGGGCCGAGAGCUGUGGCCAGGCCAGCAAACUUUCCUGCCUGCCCCAGCUGUCCUGAUCCCCUCUGAUCCUCAGGCUGCUUCUCUGUAAAUUCCUACCUCACAAGGUGCACACCUGGCCCAAUUUGCUGUCCUCCUCCCGCACAGAAUGCCCGAGGGCCCCGAGCUGCACCUGGCCAGCCGCUUUGUGAACGAGGCAUGCAGAGGGCUGGUGUUCGGCGGGUGUGUGGAGAAGUCACCCAUCAGCCGCAACCCUGAGGUGCCCUUUGAGAGCAGUGCCUACCACAUCUCAGCGUCAGCCCGAGGCAAGGAGCUGCGCCUGACACUGAGCCCCCUGCCGGGGGCCCAGCCCUCACGGGAGCCACUGGCCCUCGUCUUCCGCUUCGGCAUGUCGGGCUCCUUCCAGCUGGCGCCGGGCGACGCGCUGCCCGCCCACGCUCACCUGCGCUUUUACACAGCCCCACCCCGGCCCCGGCUGGCCCUCUGCUUCGUGGACAUCCGCCGCUUCGGCCGCUGGGACGUCGGGGGCGAGUGGCAGCCAGGCCGCGGGCCCUGUGUCUUGCUGGAGUACGAGCAGUUCAGGGAGAAUGUGUUACGAAACCUAGCGGACAAGGCCUUUGACCGGCCCAUCUGCGAGGCUCUCUUGGACCAGAGGUUCUUCAAUGGCAUUGGCAACUACCUGCGGGCAGAGAUUCUGUACCGGCUGAGGAUACCCCCCUUCGAGAAGGCCCGCACGGUUCUGGUGGCCCUGCAGCAGCACAAGCUGAGCCCCGAGCUGACCCUGAGCCAGAAGAUCAGGGCCAAGCUGCAGAACCCGGACCUGCUGGAGCUGUGUCACUCAGUGCCCAAGGAAGUGGUCCAGCUGGGGGGCAAGGGCUAUGGUCAGGAGAGUGGGGAGGAGGACUUCGCAGCCUUUCGAGCCUGGCUGCAGUGCUAUGGCAUGGCGGGCAUGAGCUCCCUUCGGGACCGGCACGGCCGUACCAUCUGGUUCCAGUAUUGUGCAGGGGGCAAGUCCCGCAAGAAGAAAUCCAAGGGAGCACCGCGGAGUCCUGAGGACAGAAUGGAGGACCCUCCACCUCCAAGCAAGACCCCUUCCAGCAGACGAAGCGCACAGCGAGGCCAUCCUGAGCAAACUACAGCCCAGCAGCCCGAGGGGACUAGCCUCCAGCAGGACCCAGAAGCCCCCCCAGUUGCUGAGAAAGGGAAGAGGAGGGGGCGACGGGCAACCUCAGGUGGGCCUUCCUCAGCACCCUCCUUUGGGGACGGAGAGGCACCAUCAACAGGGGUUCUCCAGGGAAUUCGGUGUGGACAAAGGAGGGAGGGGGGCUGUCAAGGCCUGGGGGCUGAGCUGCCACCUCACCUGUCCUCCCCCCAGCCUGCCACAAACCCCAAAGCAUCAAGGCUGACACCGUGUCUCUGGAGCCCGAGGGCACCGUGGCGCCUUAGCAGGAGGCUCUCCCAGCUUGCGCCCUCCUUCCCGCUGCCUGGCCUUGGGUCUCCGCCUGUGCCUCCCUAGGAGCAGGCGGGGGCUGAAGGGGGCUGGGUGCCCAUGGCCCUGUGGCUGUUCCCUACACAACUGCGAUGUUUUCAACUGUAUCCCACCUCCUCCAUUUUUAAGCCCAUGUGAAAAGUGCUGUAUUUUUAAAAAAAUAAGUUAAUAAACUUGGGAACUUCUUGGGUUGGCUA